AAACCCAAACAAAGAAAAAAGAGACAAAACACCAUUGAAGCAACAAAGGCCAAGAGAGAAAGCGAACAAGCGGUCACAUUUUCCGGCUGCACUGACAGACCGAUCGGUUAAAGCUCCGAUCAUCUACGCUUUCUACUCCGCUUCCGACGGCAUUGUGAUCGUUUCCGCGUUAUCGUCACUGUUAAAAUGGCUAGUACUCUGAGGAACAUUCAUGGUAAGAGAUCUAAUUUCCAAUCUGAGUUUACUGGAAAUGGAGGAAGUAAGAGAAGAAAUCUUCAUGAUGAUACAGAUAAUAAUGUUAUUGGGUCAGACGACACUGUGUAUCGUUUCUUGUGCCCUGUGAAAAAGACCGGGAGCAUUAUCGGCAAAGGUGGUGAGAUCGCAAAGCAGAUAAGGUCUGAGACUAAAUCAAACAUGAGGAUCAACGAGGCUUUGCCUGGUUGUGAGGAGCGUGUUGUUACCAUAUACUCCACUAAUGAGGAGUUGAAUCAAUUUGGAGAUGAGGGAGAGCUUGUUUGCCCUGCUUUGGAUGCUCUUUUCAAGGUUUAUGACAUGGUUGUGGCGGACACUGAUGAUAAUGAUGAUGAUGAUGAUGAUGUUGAUGAUGAUCUUUGCAAAAAACAAACCGUUACUGUGAGGAUGCUUGUGCCAUCAGACCAAAUUGGUUGCGUUAUUGGGAAAGGAGGGCAAGUCAUCCAGAAUCUGCGUAACGACACCAAUGCUCAGAUUCGUGUCAUCAAAGAUCAUCUACCAGCUUGUGCUUUGACUUUGAGUCAUGAUGAGCUUCUUCAGAUAAUUGGAGAACCUUUGGUUGUUAGAGAAGCUCUUUACCAAGCGGCUUCACUGCUUCAUGAUAAUCCCUCACGGUUUCAACACUUGCUACUGUCUUCUUCAAGUUCCAUGCAUCAACCUGGUGCAAUGUUGAUGUCUGCAGCGCAAAACAGAAACUAUGCUGUGCAUAGAGAUAUAACAGAUGCUAGGGAGUUUUGUGUUUGCUUCAUCUGUCCAUCUGAAAACGUUGGAGGUGUUAUUGGAAAAGGUGGUGCUUUCAUUAAUCAAAUCAGGCAAGAAACUGGUGCAACGAUUAGAGUCAACACCUCAGAAACUGAUGAUGAUGAUUGCAUCAUUUUCAUAUCUUCAAAAGAGUUCUACGGAGACCAGUCUCCAGCGGUGAAUGCAGCAAUACGCUUACAACAGCGGUGCAGUGAGAAAGUGGGUAAAGAUACAAAUGAUUUAGCAAUCUCCACCCGUUUACUUGUGUCAAGCUCCCAAAUCGGGUGUCUCAUUGGAAAAGGUGGAGCUGUUAUAUCCGAGAUGAGGAGUGUAACAAGAGCAAAUAUCCGCAUUCUUCAAAAAGAAGAUGUACCAAAAAUAGCACGAGAAGAUGAAGAGAUGGUUCAGAUCACAGGAAAUCCUGAUGCCGCUAUGAAAGCCCUGACGCAAGUAAUAUUGAGAUUAAGGGCUAACUCUUUCGACAUGGAUCAUGGACUUGUCUUGUUACCAACAUCAUUUCCAUAUACCGAAAGUUCUAACAAAUCCAAGUACGCAAAACGCGAUGACUACAGUAAACUGAAUUCGAAUUCUAAGAGAAGAAACCGUGAAUCUUAAACCGAGAAAACCCAUCUUAGAAAGGAAAGAUUGAGAGAGUGUUCAACAGUUGCAGGAACUUCUGUGUUGAUGCAGUUUUAUACACAAUGAUGUUUUUACUUGUAGAAAGAAAAAAGCUGUCUACGCAGUUCACAUAAAGAAAUGUAAACAAGAGGGUGUGCUUUCAUCUGUUUCUUUUUAGUUUAUACUUUGGUUUACUGUUUGAGUUUUCUCAAGUGUUUGUCAUUUUCCACUUUUAGUAACAAAACAUUUCACUAUCUAUUGUAUUACAUUUAAGGAAAUAUCAAUAUUUCUGUACGCUAGUUAUACUGUUGUUUGAGA